UUCAUGAACCCGCCAACAAGGCAUGAAAUUCACCCGACCAUCCCAUGAACUUGGAUGAAAUUUUCGCCUAUUAUGUAACAUUUCGUCACUCUCCAUUCCGUCACAUUUUCCGUAAAUUGUACAUACUUUUAUUUGUGUACCUAAGUUCGGUAAAAGUACUGUCAACGAGAUCUUUUCAGAGCAUUUGCACUUUAAAAAUCGUCUCGUUUUUCCAUCUGUCACGACUGUUAAUAAUUGUGAUGGCUUCUGCAUUUCCUACACUUUCACCAACAGCAUCUACAAUACGAAAAACAUUUUUUGAUACAGCCGGUGUUGGUGUAAUUUCAGGAAGUGCUAUUUUCGCAGUUUAUCCAGUUACUGAGAGGAAAGGAAGAGCUCGAAAUUUUCAUGUUUCUGUACAUAUGACUAUGUUUGAAGUGCACAAAACUCUAAAGGAUGCUCGCAACAAGAAAUCUCCUAAAUAUUUGGUUGAUUUUGGUGAUGUAUUCAAUGUUUCUGUUCAAAAUGAGCCUAUCCAAAUUAAAGAUGAUUGUAUUUGCUUAAUGGAUCCGAACACUUCUUUUUUCUUUCGACCAACUGAUUCUGAAUAUGAUUUGCAAGCAUGGUUUGAUUGGAUUCUUGAGAGAACAAGAGAAUGUCGAAGUACUAAAUUACUCAGACCUGCUGCAUGGGAUGUACAAAUUAUUUGUAAACCAAAACUUCGUCGUGAUUAUUCAAAAAAGUUACAACCAGAAAUCAAAAAUGAUGAUUUGGCUGAGAAAAGACCACAGCUUUUGGGGCUACGUCGCCUUUGUGUUUGUCAAUCUUCUUUUUUGCUUUUCACACUUGGAUGUCGCCCAAGUCCAAAUGUUGAUGCUCCUUUUGAUAAAAAUACUUUUAUUGACCUAUCGUUGAAUGUGAUAUCGAAUUAUGGAACCCAAGAACGGUUUUUCUUUGUACGCAUUGGCAGGUGUUCAGAAAUCGGUAGCGGUGAAUUGUGGAUGGCUACAGAACAUGGUUCUUCUGCACGAUCUAUUCAUGAACGCAUAAGCCAAAUAAACCAGCGGGAGAGUGAACGGCGACGAGCACAGGGAAUAAAAAUUAAUCUACCAACAAUUAGUUCUAGCGUUCUUAAAAGUCGAGCACAUAGAGAACGCUCUCAAACACAAAAUACUAAAAAGUUAUCUAAAUUAUCUUCAUCUAACAAUAAGCAACCGGAAAUGAAUAAAAUUGACGAAUCUCACAAAGUCUCUUCAAACUCUACUAAAGAUGUUGGACUUACACCAAAACUAUCAAAUACAAGCCAAACUGGACAAGUUGAUGCUAGAUCAGAACGAGUAGAUUCAUUUAGUUGUCUACAAUCUAUUCCCGAGAAAAGUUUACUUGGUGAAAUGUCUGAACAUCUAUCGAUUACUUCUGGCAAAAAGAACUCGAUUGUAGGACUUUUUACAUCAAGGCUUGGUGCAAAAAUGUCUACUGGAAGUUCUGGAAAGCAAACAGAAAAUAAAGCUGAUCAUUUGUCAACUCCUUAUAUUUUGAAGGAAGAAACUGUAAACAACGACAACACUUCUCUAACAAAUGUGCCUGUCUCUUCAAAUCAAAGCGGAUAUAAGAAUUCAGUGGUCAGUUCUGUUUUUGGAAUUCGGACUAGAAGGAACAGUUUGUCUGGCAGUUCACGUAACCAACAAUCUACUACAGUCCAAAAAGCUCCUAUGACUUCCUCUUCGAGCGUUUUUAGUAAUCAACCCAGUUAUGAUUGUGCAGAAGAUUAUAUGACUUAUGAUCCGGAUGAACAACAUAGUCAAUGUGGGGGUCAUUCUCUUAAGCUAGGAAGUGUGAGCAGUAGAGUCUCUACAAGUGCGUUAACUAGAGCUGAAUCUCGAAAGAGUAACAGCUCUAUUUCUGGUGCAUCAUCUUUUAGACAACAAGCAUUGUCGAACUGCAGUUUUGGUCUACAUCAUGAUUUGUAUAGUUCAUCAAAAGGAAGCCAGUCUUAUGUUGGCAGCGAAUACCUCGAAAUGAAUAUUAAACAAAAGCCUCAAAAGUCAAAUAAUGAUUCUUCCUUUCCGUUAUGUGAAGUCCAGUCUUAUAUUUCUAAUAGUUCAGAUAGUUGUUGGACACAAUCUAGUAAUACACCACGUUCUGGCGAAAUUACACAUCAAGCAUCUCUUACUGUUAAUCAGCCACGAGCACAAUCGCCAGAUUCUAGGCUUGUUGGUUGUCCUUCAGCUACUUUGUCAAUUAAUUCAGAUCAAGUCGGAGGGAUUGCUGGAAACAACGUUAAACCUUCACAACUACUUCAUCCAACUUCGAAUAGUUCACCACCAAACUACUUUAAGAAAACAAUUCUUGGUCAUAAAGCUAAAUCAGUUAAAACACAGGAAAUUGAUGUGACAGCGACAAAUGAACAUUUAAAAAACAGAGAGUCUGACUUUGUUGAGAAUAAACAAUUAAGCGUUACUGAUAAUAUAUUGGCUGAUGUACGAAAAAGAGCGCAUUCAGUUGGUAGCAAAACUUGGAUCAAACCAUCACUGAAAAAGUUUCAAAUACCGUUUACAACAAAAAAAUGUCAGGAUACAUCUGAUUUACGUGUUACAGAACAAGUUGACUCGCGUCGAAAUACUUUUGAAGCAAAGUCAACUUGUUCAGCUAGCACAAGUUGUUAUCCGCACUCAACCGAUGAUCACGUGGAAAUCGAUUUUGGUAUAAUAGUUUUCUACUCUUUGAUUAAAAACUCAAUUAAUUCAGAUCGGGAUGAGUCGCAAUCAAUUGACUCUAUUCCUUCAAUUCAUUCGCGCCACUCUUCUGUAAGUGUGCAUUGCCCAAUGGGAAUUCGAUAUACACUUGAUACUACUAUUCCUUUAUCGCAUACCCGAGGCUUUGGACCUUGUAUUGGAAUAGAAUUGAAAGAUGGGAAUGAGAAAAAAUCCCUCGAAAAACUUUGUCUCCAAAAGAAUUGUUGGCGUGAUUGUGGACAAAUACGUCGGAAAAGAAGUGUUCCCGAAAUGUUUCAGCAGCAGAAUGAAACUAAUAAUAAUAAAUCGCCAGCUCAACAAAGCCUUGCACAACAACUAGCGACAAAUGAAUCUGAUCAGCAACAUCAAUGCAGUUGUUGCAAUAAUCGACAUCAUUCUAUUGCGAGUGACCAUUCGUUGGCCUUGCGUUGCUUACGCUCUAGUGCUGAAAAACGUGGAUGUGUAUCUAUAAGUUUGGCCAAUUCUUCUCAAACCAAACGUUCUCCACCUCGAGCACUUUCUUCUCUUUCAUCAUCACAAAUUCCAACAAGUCAGUCAAUGGGGAGUAGUAGUGGAAUCUCUUCUCGCUCAAAUACCGAGUCUUCCUCAACUUCCGUAAUAAUUGAACGCGAAACUCGGAACAAUAAAAUGCCAGAACGCCCGAUUGCAGAAGAUGAAAACGAUGAUUAUGUGAUGUUAAGUACACCUAAAAGUCAACGUUCAGCAACAAAUCCACAACAACUCACUGUGCGCUCCAUAUGUACAAUUAUGGAGUCUUCACCUUCUCCAAAUUCGUCCCUUUCAUCUGAUGGCGAAAGCAAGAAACGAGCAGGGAAAUUGACAACCAAAGAUCGAGCCGUUUCUCAUACACCAUCAGUUCCUCCUGACGAUACCGCGAUACUAAUGUUAGCAAGACGCAAUACCAGAGCAGCUGGACAAUCUCCUGUCCGUGGUGUAAUCUCUAACGAUUCGCCUGUUCGUGCAAGACUUUCGGUCUCCUCUAGAAGCAGAAGUCCGAGUCUAUCACCUCACCAGCCGCAUCGCAAAUUCUCUUCAUCUUCGACAACUCCACAAUCACACACACCAGUACGCUCCUACUUUCCAAACCAACAACAAGAUUUACAACACCGCGGGAGUCCCUCACCAACACGAAGGAAAAUGUCUUCGGCUAGCUUUUCUCCCCAAGAACAGCGAAUGGUUUUUGUGGAUGCUUCAACUGAUAAGAUACGAAGAAAAUUUACCUGUCCAAAUCUUGCUACUGUUCCAAAUUUUACUACAAGAUCUCAACUUUCACAUGCGUCUCGGCGAUCUGUAAAUAAGGAAAGUGAAUGCAAUGAUUGCAAUUAUGCUCUCAUUUCCGGGCAGGAAAUUUAAAAUAAUUCUAAUUUUUUUAUUAUAGUCUGACUCUAUACGGAAAAUUUUUAUCUAAGAGCCUCAUUUUUAGAAUUCCCCGUUUGUACGCCCCUCAGUAUACUAACAAUUUUUAGCCCCAAAGGUGUGAUUCAAGUAAAGUCCGACUUUAGCUAAACAAUUUUCUAUUUGCAAUUAUGCUCUCAUUUCCGGAAUCAAAUCAUCUCAUUUCCGGAAUCAAAAUCAUAAAUCAAAUCAUAUUGUUGAUUUUGUAUAUACAUUACUAUACGUAGCAGACAGAAACUUCAGAUUUAAAAUUUCUUUAACUCAACUUAUAA